AUGGCACAUGAAUACGCUGAUCUGUUGUCCGACUACGAACAUAAAGGAACUGUUGGAGCUCCAGAAGUAGGGUAUAUAUAAAGGUCACUAUAUUUUAGUUUUAUGACACGGACGAGGAAUCAGAUAGCAAACUUAUGACACUCGCUGAGUGGAUUCAACAGGCACAAACGAUACUAGUCAUCACUGGCGCUGGGAUCAGGUAAAGCUGAGACCCUUCUCUUCAUCUUUCUAGUACGUCAGCCGGCAUCGCAGAUUUCCGGGGCCCUAGGGGCAUCUGGACAUUGGAAAAGGAGAGGAAAUCAAAGCCUGCAGGAGAAAUGGACGAGCACUCGCUUGGAUCAUUUGAUGAAGCGAAGCCAACAAUAACACACGAUGCCCUUAGAAUACUCGAAGAAAACGGGAAAUUGGCAUAUCUGAUAUCGCAAAACGUUGAUGGGCUGCAUUCAAGGUACGGAUUCCCUAUGGACAGACUUUCCGAAAUCCACGGAAACGUGUUUCAGAAAAGAUGUAAUAGAUGUAACAGGUAAUUUGAGUCAAAUGUUAUUUUUAUGACUUUUAAGGAUUGAAUUCAACAAUUCUCCUUUGAAGUCCGUUGGACGAAAACCAAUUGGGCAGAGGUGUUUGGAUGUCCCGAAGCCAAGGAACAGAUGUACAGGGGAGUUCUGCGACUUCUUGUUGGAUUGGGAUGAUGAACUGCCUGAACCUGAUUAUACUCGGGCAUUAAAAGUUGCCAAUUCGGCCGAUCUUGUCUUAUGUUUGGGUAGUUCUCUUCAAAUUGAACCUGUGGGAAGUCUGCCUCUAAAAUGCAAGAAGAAAGGAGCGAAAAUAGUAACGGUUAAUCUUCAGAACACAAGAAUUGUAAGUACAGUAUGUAAUAUACAUGGUAACUUUGCAUUAGGAAAAGAAAGUAGACCUUCCAAUUCAUCGUAAAGUUGACGAAGUGAUGUCUCGCCUUCUCAACCACCUCAAUUUAACCCUCACGCGACAACAGGAGACUCUAAUCAUCUGGCACUCAUCUCAGCCGGCCCACGAAACUCCCAAAAAACGACGAAAACUUACAAAAUAA